CCACUCGAGUGAGGCCGCGAAGUUUACGCAGCUGGAGCUCUCGAAUGGAGUGGCAUUUCUCAGUGGAAUAGUGACCAGAAGAGUGUACAGUCCAUGCAAGGAGCUCCUCCGUCGUCUCCACAGCAACGUCCCAGAGACAGAGAGUAAGGCAAAUCAGUGCGAAAGCCGUGAGAAGCGAGAGAAGUGGAGCCUUGAACUCCAUGCAUGGAUUCCUCGAGGAAGCCGGAAAAGUCAAAUCCACGUGCCGGAGCCUCAAUCCUCUCACAGUUGUUCUUCACCUGGACAUUUCCUGUGCUCUUCCAGGCCUCUCGGCAGGGCUUGUCUACUGAUGAUCUCACAGAGUGCCUGAAGAAGGAUCAAUCUGAGAAGUUGGGCGACAAGUUAGAACAGGAAUGGGAGAAGGAAGUGCAGAGAGCGAAUCAGGAACACCGGAAACCCAAUUUAAGGUCAGCGAUCAUCCGAGUGUACUUUUCUCUCUGCAUCUUGGAUGGAUUCUUCAUCUUUAUCUUCGUUCUGAUAAAAUCCUUGCUUCCCGUUGUCUUGGCGCAGUUCCUUCUACAAUUCCAACGUUCGCCAACCACGGAAUUCCUUGUGGGACUGUCGCCAAGCUCUGAUUUCGAGCCACUCAAUCGCACUGUCCGAGCCAUCGCCCAAAAUGCAACAGAUAACGCUCUCGGUCCCCCGCCAGAGGCCAAUUUCGAUGACCUCCCAAUGUCCACAAAAUCCCAGUGGACGUCCACCGUCUGGAAUGAUGUGUAUUGUUUGGCGGCAGGAGUGGUCAGCCUCACAUUCGUGGCCUGUGUGUUUAGCCAUCACGCAGAUCUGCGCCUCCGAAUGCUGGGAGCGCGACUCAGGAUUGCCUGCUGCGCCCUGAUCUACCGGAAGACCUUGCGAGUGUCCAAGAAGGCUGCCGGACAGACUUCGACCGGAUAUCUGGUGAAUCUUCUCUCCAACGAUGUCAGUCGCCUUGACUUUGUCUUCCAAUUCAUGCACUACGUGUGGAUUCUGCCCUUCCAAUCAGUCCUGAUAAGCUACCUGAUCUGGCGACAAGUUGGAGUGGCAUCUUUGGUGGGAGUAAUUGGUCUACUGCUCAAGACAAUCCCAGUGCAAACUGGCCUGAGUCGCCUCUCUGCGAUGCUGCGAGUAAAAGUGGCCAAGAGGACAGAUCACCGAGUUGGGAUCAUGAACGAAUUGAUUCAGGGAAUCAAACUGAUCAAGACCUACGCCUGGGAGAUUCCCUUUCAGGCCAUCGUGGCGGAGGCGAGACGAAGGGAGGUCAAGCAGAUCCGAUGGGCUUCGUACAUUCGCGGAAUCUACCUCAGCACAAUGGUCUUCACAGAGAGAUCAACUCUCUUCAUCACCAUCGCCGCCUGUGUUUAUCUCGGAUAUCCCAUCACGGCGGAUAUUGUCUUCUCCAUGGCACAGUUUUUCAACAUCCUUCAGCUCACGGCGGCUAUCUUCUACCCCUUGGCCUUGUCUAUCUGGGCGGAAUCUAGCGUGUCAGUGGAAAGGAUCGGGGAUUAUCUGCAAUUUGAAGAGCAGGAUGAAGUGGUGCCCGGACUGAAGCAUAAAGAAGAUGCCAAGGAUGUGGAACUGGCUAUUGAGCUGUCUCAGCUAUCAGCCACUUGGGAGAGUGACAAGGCCAAGACUAUCCAAGACGUGAGCUUCAGUGUGAAGCCUGGCCAGCUCUGUGCCAUCAUCGGUCCUGUGGGAUCUGGCAAGAGCAGUCUUCUGCAGCUUCUCCUCGGCGAGAUGCCCAUUCACACGGGCACAGCCACGAUAAAUGGCACAAUUUCCUACGCUUCCCAGGAACCGUGGCUCUUCACGGGCUCCGUGAGGCACAAUAUUCUCUUCGGACAGCCGUAUGAUCGGCAUCGGUAUCAGGAAGUUGUGCGUCACUGUGCUCUUCUCACAGACUUUGAGCAGCUGCCAAACGGCGAUCAGACGAUGGUGGGCGAGCGCGGAGCCGCUCUGUCUGGCGGCCAGAAGGCCAGAAUCAGCCUCGCGCGCUGCGUGUAUCGCGAAGCCUCCAUCUACCUUCUCGACGACCCACUGAGCGCCGUUGACGCCCACGUGGGACGGCAUCUCUUCGACGAAGUCAUCGGCCAGAGUGGGUGUUUGGCGCGUGGCAAGAGCACGCGUCUGCUGGUCACUCACCAAGUGCACUAUCUCAAAUCAGCUGACUGGAUCAUUAUCAUUGAGAAUGGAAGCAUUUCACGGCAGGGCACCUAUGCAGAUCUCUCGAACAGCAAUCUGGACUUUGCGAAGCUUCUGCAAAAAGACGAACAGACACAGGAGAAAGUCGGGACUUCAGUGACUCCUUUGGACGUUGAUACGGACGAUGAAGACAUUCCCUUUAUCGAUGGGUACGUUGGGACGAAGAAGCGCUCAAGUUCGGAGUCUUCAAAGCAAAGCAAAGUGAGUUCCACUGAACCUGCUUACGAAGAUGACAGAGAGGAGAAGGAGGAUCAAGCUGAAGGAAGUGUUUCCUUCGACGUGUGGAAGAGAUAUUUUUACGCUGGAAGCAAUUGUUUUGGAUUACUUAUCUUGCUGUCUGUGUUCGUGUUAUCCCAGGUCGUGACAAGUGGCUCGGAUUACUUUGUCAACUUCUGGACUCAACAGGAGUUCCUGAGAAGCAUGGAUCGUGAAACAUUGCUGACAACAGAAGAGUGUCUCAUCAUCUACGGAUUGCUGAUCCUCGGAGUGAUAUUUAUGACAUCUAUUCGUGGUUGGAUGUUCUUCAAUCUCUGCAUGAGAGCCUCUAAACAACUCCAUAACAAGAUGUUUGGCAGCAUUCUGCACUCGGCAAUGCUGUUCUUUGAUGCGAAUCCCUCAGGAAGGAUCCUCAAUCGCUUCUCAAGGGACAUGGGCGCGAUAGAUGAGAUGCUGCCGAAGGCAAUGAUGGAUUCUAUUCAAGUUGGCUUGGUGAUGAUUGGUAUUCUAGCCAUGGUGAGCAUUGUUAAUCCCUUCCUGCUCGUUGCUCUUGCCGUGGCAGUUUUCCUCUUCUCAACGGUGCUCAAAUUCUACCUGCCGGCUUCUCAGGAUCUCAAGCGUCUCGAAGGGAUUUGUCGCAGUCCAAUCUUCUCGUACGUGUCAGCCAGUCUCGCUGGAUUGUCCACAAUUCGCUCUUCACGGAUACAGAACAGAAUCUCCAGUGAAUUUGAUAGCCUCCAGGACGUCCACAGUGGCGUAUGGCAAGUGACUUACUCAACCAACUGUGCUCUCGGUCUCUGGCUAGAUUGCAUCAGCACAGCCUUUGUGGCAGCUGUGACAUUCAGUUUCCUCGCCCUUCACGAGACUUUCAGCGGGAACGUGGGUCUGGCCGUGUCUCAAGCCCUCAUUCUCACCGGAAUGGUGCAGUACGGAGUCCGUCAGACAACAGAAUCCCUGCAGCAAAUGACGAGUGUUGAGCGUGUCUUGCACUACACAGAUCUGCCGCCAGAGAAGUCUCCAGCCCUCAAGGCACCUGAGAAGUGGCCAACGAAUGGGGUCAUUGAAUUCAAGAGGAUGUUCCUCAUUUAUAAUCAAUUUGAAGGAGCUGUGCUCAAAAAUCUCAACAUGACGAUCGAAGCUGGAUGGAAAGUGGGCAUUGUUGGACGAACUGGAGCUGGAAAAUCAUCUCUGAUCAGCGCCUUAUUUAGACUAUAUGAGAUUCAGGGAGAGAUUUUGAUUGAUGGCAUCGACACGGGGAAUAUUUCUCUAGAUCAAUUGCGCUCUUGCAUCUCAAUUAUUCCUCAGGAUCCUGUUCUCUUCUCCGCCACAAUAAGAUACAAUCUUGAUCCUUUCCACGCCUUCAGCGAUGCGGAGAUCUAUCGUGUGUUGGAGGAAGUUGAACUCAAGCAUGUGGCUGAGAAUCUUGACUACCUUGUGCUGGAGGGAGGAACCAACUUUAGUGUUGGGCAGAGACAGCUCAUCUGCCUGGCCAGAGCUAUUCUGCGCAACAAUAAGAUCCUAGUUUUGGACGAGGCCACAGCCAAUGUUGAUCCUCAGACUGAUGCGCUGAUACAGAAGACCAUCAGGGAGAAGUUCAAGCACUGCACCGUCCUUACUGUGGCCCACAGACUGAUCACCGUAAUGGAUUCCGACCGAAUUAUUGUGAUGGAAGCAGGCGAGGCUCGAGAGUUCGAUGUGCCUCACUUGCUUCUGCAGAACGACUAUGGACUCCUGCGCGAUAUGGUGGAGGCGACAGGAGACAGGGAGUCGGAAACGCUCAAGAGAAUCGCCUUAGAUACUUAUCAAAUACUGAAAGAGGGUGCUAAAUAGU